AUGGCUAGAAAAUUGCACUCAUGUCCAGAAUGCAAUGAGUGUUUUGCCCAGAAAAAGAGCCUGGCUUCACACAUGACACGUCUCCAUGGUCCUCCCGAUACUCCAAUCCCUCGACCACACGUGUGUGAAGUUUGCUCGAAGGCAUUUACGCUGUUGACUAAUCUAAAAAAGCAUAGCAUCAUUCAUACAGGCAUUAAGCCGUAUCAGUGUGUUGAAUGUGGGAAGGCUUUUUCUCAUCUCGUUAAUCUCAAGAGUCACGGUAGAAUCCACAAUGGAGAAAAACCGUACAUCUGCCAGACGUGUGAUCGCAAAUUUGCCGUCAAGUCUAACCUCACCAAACAUCUGGCUGUACAUAGUGGCAUCAAGGCUUAUACCUGUCAGGAGUGUGGUCGUCAAUUUUCAUUCUCUGCCAACCUACGCAGCCAUAUGCGCAUCCACAGUGGGGAAAAACCUUAUGAAUGUGUCGACUGUGGACACAGGUGA